AUGGCGAACACAACACCAGAUAUGGCUACAAGCCCCAGUUCAAGCCCAGGUUUGACACCUCGAAAGAGGAUAGUAGUCGUUGGGUUGGGUAUGGUUGGUAUUGCUUUCAUCGAGAAACUCAUCAAACUCGAUACCCAACGACAGUACGAAAUCAUCGUUAUCGGCGAAGAACCGCACGUAGCCUAUAACCGCGUGGUACAAACCCACCUCGCCUCUUCAUCCCUAACCCACCACCUCUCCACCACCGCCCUCGCCCUUUCUCCCCAAAGCAAAACCCUCACAAUUUCCCCACCACCAUCCACGCCCUCCCUCGCUACCCUCUCCUACGACCACCUCAUCCUCGCCACCGGCUCCCGCGCUCUCCUGCCUACCUCCACACCAGGCCAUGAUGCGCAAGGCGUUUUCGUCUACCGCACCAUUUCUGACUUGCAAAAUCUCAUAACAUGGUCAGCCAGCCCAAAAAUCAAGGGGUCAACCGGUGUAGUCGUGGGCGGUGGCCUACUAGGUCUGGAAGCAGCCAAAGCCUUGAUGGACCUGGAAGUUUUCGGCCAUGUGGUAGUCAUCGAACGCAACGGCUGGGUCUUGAGUCGGCAAAUUGACGCAGAAGCCGGAAGCCUGGUCUUAGAGGGUGUCAGAGCGUUGGGCGUCGAAGUUCUGACCAAACGCCGAGUAAAAGAAGUCGAUACAACCGACGACCAAGCAGGGGAGGUCGGCGCAAAAGUGGUGAAAAGCAUCACCUUCGAAGACGGCGACUACCUCCCCUGUUCAACAAUCUGUUUCGCCAUCGGCAUAAAGCCCCGCGACGAACUAGCACGGCAAGCAGGCAUCGAGUGUGCGGAAAAAGGAGGGGGAGGGAUUAUGGUUGAUGACUCCCUCCAGACCAGCGCUUCAGGCGUUUACGCCAUAGGCGAGUGCGCCAGUUGGCAGCGGCAGACGUUCGGGUUAAUCGGCCCUGGCAUCGAGAUGGCGGAUGUGCUGGCUUUUAACCUCACUCAAGCGCAUUUGCACACUCCAAGGGUAUUCAAGCGACCAGACCUCAGCACCAAGCUCAAGUUGCUGGGUGUAGAAGUUGCCAGUUUUGGGGAUUUCUUUGCUGACCGCGAUGGACCGAAGCAUCUCCCGCCGAAGGUGAAGAGGGAGUUGAAGAAAACGGGCAAAGAAGCGGAGGUUAAAUCCUUGACGUACAAAGACCCUUUUCAGUCGAUUUACAAAAAGUACAUCUUUACGUCCGACGGGAAGUACCUUUUGGGUGGUAUGAUGAUAGGUGACACGUCGGACUACGUGCGUCUUGUCCCGCUGGUCAAAACACAGAAAGAGCUGGAUAUUCUCCCUUCACAGCUCAUCUUGGGAGCAAAGAAAUCCGGCGAUGACGGAGACAACGACUUACCAGACGAUACCCAAAUCUGCUCCUGCCACAACGUCACCAAAGCUGAUCUCGUCAACCCCCUGAAAUCCGGAGAAUGCACCUCCUUGGGAGACCUCAAGUCUUGCACCAAAGCCGGUACAGGCUGCGGCGGAUGCAUGCCACUGGUUACCUCAAUCUUCAACCGCACCAUGACAUCGCUGGGAACCGAGGUCAAGAAUAACCUUUGUCCGCACUUCCCGCAGUACUCAAGAGCGGAUUUGUAUAACAUCAUCUCCGUCAAGCAGUUGCGGACUUUACCGGAUGUUAUGCGUGAAGCUGGCGCUGGCUCCGACGCUGAAAGUCUAGGCUGUGAAGUCUGCAAACCAGCCAUCGCUUCAAUCUUUGCUUCGCUGUGGAAUGACCACGUUAUGAGUCCUGCUCAUCACGGGCUGCAGGAUACUAAUGAUCGGUUUAUGGGUAAUAUCCAGCGCAACGGAACCUUUUCUGUCGUGCCGAGGGUAGCGGCCGGGGAGAUCACGCCGGAGAAGUUGAUUGUUAUUGGAGAGGUAGCGAGGGAGUAUAAUCUUUACACGAAGAUCACGGGCGGGCAAAGGAUUGAUAUGUUUGGUGCACGAAAACAGGAUUUAUUGAAGAUCUGGAAGAAGUUGGUGGAUGCGGGCAUGGAGAGCGGGCACGCGUAUGCAAAGAGUUUGAGGACGGUGAAGAGCUGUGUGGGCACGACGUGGUGUCGAUUUGGAGUGGGUGAUAGUGUGGGCAUGGCGGUGAGGUUGGAGGAGAGGUAUAAGGGGUUGAGGGCGCCGCAUAAGAUUAAGGGGGGAGUGUCUGGGUGUGUAAGGGAGUGUGCGGAGGCGGGGAAUAAGGACUUUGGUCUAAUCGCCACCGACAAAGGAUUCAAUAUCCUAAUAUGCGGCAAUGGUGGCACGACACCCAAACAUUCCAUCCUCCUCGCCAAAGACGUGCCUCCCACAAACGUCAUCCCCAUCAUUGACCGUUUCCUCAUGUUCUACAUUCGCACCGCCGACAAACUCCAACGCACUGCUCGCUGGCUCGAAGCCCUGCCAGACGGCAUCGAUUACCUCCGCGAAGUCAUCCUUGACGACCGGCUCGGUAUCUGCGCCUCCCUCGAAGCCCAAAUGCAAGAGUUGGUAGACAGUUACUUCGACGAGUGGGCCGAAGCCAUCAACAACCCGGCUAUGCAAGAGCGGUUCAAGCAGUUCGCCAAUACUGACGAGGGACAACCGCCUAUGGAAGUAGAGAUUGACCGUGGACAGGAAAGACCGGUGAUGUGGCCCCGGGAAGACGAAGGCGGUUCAGCCAAGACGGACUUCAAGGAAUUGAGAGAUAAGUGGACGUCAGCUACUUGGCAACCCGUUCUCGAAGUGUCGUACUUCAAGGGAGCAGACGACUUGCCCAACGGUAUCAGCGCCAGCAUCAAGCGCGGUGAUACCCAGCUUGCUGUCUGGCGGAUAAAGGGGAAAUAUUACGCUUCGCAGCAGAUGUGUCCUCAUAAGCGCACUUUCGCUUUGUCUGACGGUUUGGUCGGUACCGAGCCGUCGGCAUCUUCUUGCUCGGAUGCCGCACUCGCACUUCCGCCGUCACCACCUAGUACUCCUCCGUCUUCAUCGCCGUCUACAUCCCCGCCCCAUUCUCCCACCUCUGCAACACAACCCACACCAUGCUCCUCCAAGCAACAAUACCCCUCACCUUACAUUUCCUGCCCCUUCCACAAGCGAAACUUCUCUCUCACUUCCGGGUCCUGUAAGAAUGAUAGCGAGUUGUCCAUUGCCACUUUUGACGUUGAAGAACGAAAAGACGGCAUGGUGUACAUCAAGUUGCCGCCUGUCAAAGAACUGGACAGGGAGUUGGGGACGAAGAAGUGGAUGGUCAAAAAGGGCGAAGCGGGUGAGGGGCAGUUUGGGGAGUUGGAUGAGUUGACUAAGAGGAAAGGAGCGGAGGGGAAGAAGGGCAGGAGGGGAAGGAAGCCUGGUGCCAGUGAGGCAGGAAAGGGGGUUGGGAAGAAAUUGGUUGAGAGCGUUGGUAGUGGGGGUGGUGGGGGUGGUGGGUGCGGUGGACCUGGGUUGGAGUGGUGA